GGUGCCUUCGCGUCCCCUCUGGCUCCUGCUCCUUCUUCACUUGGAUCAUGAACGUCGGAGACCAGCGCCUGGCUAGAGGUCCCUCGGAGGGAAUGACUGGCCGCGGCCCCGUCCUGGGCUGGGGUGGGGUGAAGGGCUGGGGGAGUUGAGUGACAAGCAAGAAGCAGCCUCCCCUCCUUCAGAAAGAGGGUUUUCUGUAUCUCGGGUCUCCUGGAAUUUAAUGUGACGGGAAGGGGAGCGGCCCGUCCAAAGGCGCUUGGCUUCCCCCCCUCCCUUCCCUCCCCGUCGGGCUGUGAUGCGUCUCCUUUGCGCAAAGGCGCAUUGUUCGCGGUAGCGCACCGCGCCGGGUCCUUCUGGCUCGAUGGCUCACUCCAGGGCGACCCUCAUCACAGCCUCUAUAAGAAGCCGGCCCUGGCGAGGGGAUGUCAGACGUGCUUCGAGGGGCCCCCAGCGAGCAGGACGCGCGACGUCUCCCCCUCUUGCGCCUUAGUUGCUCUCCAGAGAGAAGCGUCGCCACCCGGGACUGCCGGUAGCGGAGAGCAUCUCCUCGCGGGACUUUUCGCCGGCUGCUCCUCUCUUUCUAUUAUUAUUAUUAUUAUUAUUAUUAUUAUUAUUUAUUGUUAUUAUUGUUAUUAUUACUACUACUACUACUAUUUUAAAAAACAAAAAAAACCUUCGAUUUGGGCUCAAACUACUCUCCACAAGUGAGGACCUUUCCCCGGGCGCACAGUGCACGCCUCUCCAGCAAGGUCUUUGGAGACGGAUUCUCUACCCCACCUCUCCACCCACCCAUCUCUUCUCCGCUGCCUUUUUUUUUUUUUUUUUUUUUGGCGGUUCAGCCGAGCAGGCAAGCAGGGCAGGCGAAGCGAUGAGCCCCGUGGCAUUAAUGCUAGGCUUGAAGACCUUGUGGGUUUUGGCUUUUUCCUCUCUUUCCAACACGCUGGCGGUGAAUAACAGCGGCCGAUGGUGGGGAAUAAUAAAUGUGGCCUCAUCCACCAACCUGCUGACGGACUCCAAGAAUGUGCAGCUGGUGCUGGACCCUUCUCUGCAGCUGCUGAGCCGCAAGCAGCGCAAGCUCAUCCGCCAGAACCCAGGCAUCCUGCACAGCAUCAGCAGCGGCCUGCAGAGCGCCAUCAAGGAGUGCAAGUGGCAGUUCCGCAACCGCCGCUGGAAUUGCCCCACCACACCAGGGCCAAACAUUUUUGGCAAGAUUGUCAACAGAGGUUGCCGCGAAACAGCUUUCAUCUUCGCCAUCACCAGCGCUGGUGUCACCCACUCUGUGGCCCGCUCCUGCUCCGAGGGCUCCAUUGAAUCAUGCACCUGCGACUACCGCCGGCGUGGCCCAGGGGGUCCUGACUGGCACUGGGGGGGCUGUAGCGACAAUGUGGACUUCGGCAGGGUCUUUGGCCGAGAAUUCGUGGACUCCAAUGAGAAGGGGCGGGACCUGCGUUUCCUGAUGAAUUUGCACAACAAUGAAGCAGGACGUCUGACGGUCUUCACGGAGAUGCGCCAGGAGUGCAAGUGCCAUGGGAUGUCUGGCUCCUGCACGGUCAAGACCUGCUGGAUGCGGCUCCCCACUUUCCGGACCGUGGGGGACUUUCUCAAGGACCGCUUUGAUGGUGCGUCACGGGUCAUCUACGGCAACAAAGGCAGCAACCGGGCCUCCCGGGUGGAGCUGCACCACCUGGAGCCCGAGAACCCUGCCCACAAGCCCCCUUCCCCCCACGACCUGGUCUAUUUUGAGAAGUCGCCCAACUUCUGCACCUACAGCGGCAAGACAGGGACAGCAGGGACAGCAGGCCGCUCCUGCAACAGCUCCUCCCCUGCCCUGGAUGGCUGCGAGCUGCUGUGCUGUGGGAGGGGGUACCGGACCCGGACGCAGCGGGUGACGGAGCGCUGCAACUGCACAUUCCACUGGUGCUGCCAUGUCAGCUGCUUGAACUGCACCAACAUGCAAGUGUUGCAUGAGUGCUUGUGAGCAAAGAAAGGAGAGCGAAGAACAUUCUGCAUCCAGGAAACAAAACACUUCUUAAUAGAGGGGAUCCAAAAAAUGCACACCCCACCAAGAACAACAGCCCUGCCUGCCACCGCUGCCACCUCACCUCCCCAUCUGUCUCCGCACCCUUUGUUGGUCUAGCAAGCAGGCAGCUGAGUUACCCCCAGCCAGCCACCCCUGCCCCAAACAAGGUUCUGCUGUCCACAGACUACAUGGAGAGAGAGACUCAGCACAAGCUGGAUGGCUGAAAGAAGCCUGGGAGGAAAGGGGACAUUUGUGUGUAUAUAUGCUUGCCAGACCCAAGUCCCACGAGUUCAGAUUGCGUCUCUCUGCUUGUUAGGCAGCCCCUCAGGUCCUGCCUGCAUGUCAAGAUUCUCAUCUUUAAUUUGAACCAGAUCUCUUCAUCAGGGCAGAAUCCUGGAAGACUUCAACAGUUGGCCUUGUAUCUCCCAGUGUAUUAGCUGUUGUUGUUGCUGUUGCUGUCAUUGCUGUUGUUCCUAUUCUUGCAGAGUGGUCAGAAUAGGAAAAAAAUACCUCUGAGUUUGUGAAGAAAGGUUUAGGAGUGUCCAGACUACAGGGAGCAUCUUCCAGGCAUGUUUGACCAACACGCAACCUGGCAUCUUUCAUUUCACAGAUUAAGCAUUGCCUCAGUGGACUUUCUUUCUCAUUGAUGAGACACUGUAUAAGAUUACUAGGUGUUGGAGUGAAUGUCUUUUAUUUAAUACUUUGCAUUUUCGUAUCCCCCGUCCCAUGAGGGAUGCAACCCAAUGUGCCAGUUCCCUGAAGCAUCGCUGGAGCACCAAUCCCAGGCCAGCCUUCCCCAGCUGGGUGCUUUCCAGAUGUUUUGGACUACAGCUUCUCCCAGCAUGGUCAGUGGGAAGGC